AUGUCCCGUGUUGAAAGUAACGAUAUUAGCUCGUUAUAUCCACCACCUCCACCUUACAUGAAGUUCUUCACUAAUGAGAAUUUAGAGAAACUGGCUGGAUAUAAACAAGAGAAUGAAUCAAAGGAAACUAAAAAACCAUCCGAAGAAAUAGACGGUACUGCUGAGGAAACUAUUUCUAGCGAAUUGGAUUUUUUGACCCCACCACCAAUGCCAUCUACUCAUCAGUAUAGAGCAUUUGGUAGUGUAUGGCAAGUGAAAGAUGAAUUACCUGACUUAGAAACCCUAGGUAUAACGCGUCUUUAUAAAAAAUCUGAUACCGAUACCAAUGGCGAUGUUCCAACAAGUUACCAAUAUAAGACACAGGAGUUACGGAAGCUAUUGAAAUCACUUUUAUUGAAUUAUUUGGAAUUGGUAGGUGUUUUAAGUGUAAACCCAGAAUUAUACGAACCAAAGAUGGAAAAUAUUCGUACAAUCUUAACUAAUAUCCAUCACCUUUUGAACGAGUAUAGACCACAUCAAUCUCGUGAAUCCUUAAUUAUGUUACUAGAGGAACAAUUAGAACAUAAAAAGACUGAGAUUCAGCAAAUCCACGAAGUUUGUCGCCAAGUGCAAAAACGUCUAGACUCCAUCCAACAAAGCAUAUAA